AAUUACUACGCUUUCAAAUCAAAACAAACACUUCAACUCAAAUCAAAGAAAAAAUUGAAUCAAAAAUACGAUUCUAUUUUAAUUAUAUCACAAGUUAUAGAAUAAUGUUUCCAUAUAAAUAAUGGCAGCUAAUAAUAAGCUUUUUCCAUUAUGUAUAACAUAUAAAAGGUUUUUCACUUUUCAUUCAUAAACCAUUUACUCACGUUUUCUUAUCAGGAUUACUCCGCGAAAAUGAGGCAGCCAUUUUGAUGGCAGACAUUUGUAAUGUAAAUAAUACGGAUUAUUCAAAGCAUCAUUGGAUAAUUUGAAAAUAUGGUUGUGGAACUACCAUCCCUAAGAAUAAAAUGACAAGGUAGCAGAAACACAAUGUUUGAGGGGAAGAAUAUUCACUUCUCACCGGCAGAUAACAAGCCCUUGUGCUCCUACAGUGCUAAGAUCUGCAAGCAAAGGCGUCUCAAUGGUUACGCUUUCUGUGUGAGGCAUAUACUGGAGGAUGAAACAGCACCAUUCAAGAGAUGUGCACAUGUGGCAAAGUAUAAGAAACAAAAGUGUUCUGCUCCUAUACCACAAAAUGAAGAACGACAGUACUGUAGCAGUCACUUACAGGUGCUGGGUAUACUGCCAAAGAAAGAACGCAAGGACAAAGAUAAAAUGAAGUCUGAUUCUGCCAAUGGAAAGCAGGAUAACCACAUUAGUCAUAGAAAUGCAAUAAAGGAUACAAGACCUUUUGAAAAUCAUAAAACCUUAAACCAGGAAAAGAUGAAGUCAAAACUGAUUAAGCAAAUACACGAAAAUGGACAUGAUUCUUUUGGAUGUCCAGAAACAAGGUGUGACCCAAUAAGAGGAUUUAUACCAAUGGAAAGUGUUAAAAGAUCAGGAAAUGGGUUGGCAGAGAGGUUGAAAUCCAAGUUUAAUCUUAAUAAGCUAAGGACUGCUAGCAGUUCUUUGGACAAUGAUGACCCAUAUGCAUUUCCAGAGGACCCAGUGUCAGAAGUAUCUAAACCUCCACCUUCUAGUCCUGCUGUGCAACCUCAUUUAGCAUCCCCUGCUGGUGAACAAAUUAUAGUUCAACCUCCGGCUACCCCUCCUCAAACCCCACAAGCACCCCCUACACCAGACAACACUUCAUCCAUGGCUAAACUAUAUCCAGAAUUGGCUGAAAAAUUAGAACGAGUUCGUAACAAAGUAGACACUGGCAAACAAGGUAAAACUACUCAGAAGAGCAGCUCUCGAACAAUGAACAGAUUGCAAAGCAAAAUAGCUCAGAACAAAAUCAAGGAUAAGUUAAAACGAAAUCAAAAUUCUGAUCAAACAACACCUGAACAUCAUUCACCAUACUCUCCAGCAUAUAGCCAGAUGUCACCCUAUUCUCAUAAUCAGUUCUCUCUUGAUAAAUCAUUUGGAGACAGCGGCAAUAGUGUGCAUCAUCAGCUGUCAUUAUCUACUACUUCAUCUCCAGGGCCACACAUUACACCACCUAGUUCAACAUGUGCUUCUAAGGUGGCGCCUUUGCCCUCAAGUUCAUCCUCCAAUUUGACAAGCAAAGUUGGAUCAGAUGGUUCACCUUCACAACCCAACCCAAGGCUACACGGUUCAUCAACAUCCACUCCCCACCCCAAGGCUGGUUCCUCUAAGGGUCACCCACAGGAUGGAAUCCCACCCCCACCCCCUUAUCACCCACCUCCUUAUUUUCAAGCAGCUAGGUUGCCGUUUCACUGUACAAGACCACAGCCCCCAAGGAAUGUUCUAUCAGGGCCUGAGGCUAGCAAGAGACUGAAAAGAGCAUCAUCCGUCAAAGUGUAUGCUUAUUAUGCUAGUCAGAGAAUGAUGGAUUCUGACAUACUACCCUUUGACCUUGAUGAAGCUGAUUCAGACAGCAGUUUAGAUGAUGAGGUACCAACACAGAAAUACUGGUUCUCUUCACUUACUGAGGAUUCUGAUUCAGAUCAUGAAAAGGAAGAAGAUGGGGAAGAUAGCUUGCCAUUACGGGUGCAAAAGAUAGGUAUAGUCAGGUCAAGGCUCAGGAGAAAUUUUAUGCAAAUGCGAAAAGCUCAAAGGGCUAAUCUUACAUUUGGAAUGUACAAGAAAAAGGCCUUACUUGCUUUGAUUCAAGCUGCAAAAGAAAGUCCAAAAAUGGCCAGCAGGGCUUUGGCUGAAAUAUCAGGCCGGACAAAGAAGCCAGUUGAUAGACAUAAGCUUCAUAGAAUGAUGAAGAGGAAAUGCUGUUAUAAAGGGGACAAUGAUGUGCAAUGUACCAAUAUAGUUUUACCCAUGACGAAUCACUGUAUUCAACAUAUCAUGUACAAUGUGGACCAGCAGUUAUUUGACUAUUGUACAGCUAAGUUUUCGGACAAUACUCAAUGCUGUGUGCCUGUAUUUGAUUAUAAACAUGAACUGCCGCUAUGUCCUGAGCAUGCUGCAAAAGCUGACAACUAUAACAAAAAUGUUGAACCGAAAGCUAAAAAGCCACGAAAGAAAACCAAACCUUCAGCUCUCACUCGGCCUCCAAAGAAGGGAAAGAAGAAGAAAAAUGCCAAGAAAAAUAUCCGCCCUCAGAAACCAAUGCCUCCUCUUGAACCUACUGGUGAUACAGAAAUGCCAUCAGUGAUGAAGUUUGAAAUACUUGAAGAGGCAGAUGUGGCUGAUCGCUUAGAUGGUUCACAGGGAAUGGGAACUGAUGUGGACAGCAAUGAUGAGGACUUCACUCAAAUAACCAACAAUUUAGAGAAAGAUCUCAGUGGAAGUGGGUUAGCUCUGUCACCAGGCACUAUUGACAAAACAUUAGAUGAUAUGCCAUUGGACCAAGACUUCAAUGAUGUGCUCAAUAAAUUGCCAGAUGACGCUUUUAACAUAUUUACGGGUAAAAAUGGAGACUUCGUGCCAACAAAAGAGGAAACAGAGGAGCUGGAACUGGCUCUAGCAGCUGCCUCUAAGGACCUUAACUAUGCUAAAGAAUCUCUUGAAAAACUCUCCUCGGGACAAACCCUCAUAGAUGAUAACUCUAGUGAGGAUGGAGAACUCCCUAAACACAUAGCAGAUGAUAUACUCAACAGUCAGACACUCAGUGAGAACUCGCUACUUAAUACCAUUCCUAAUACUAGUGUCAGUGAUCAGGACAAUCUUAGUGCUAUAGAGAGUUCACUCUCAAUGCAGGAUUUAAAUUCAAUCACUCAGGUGCUUAAUUCAGAUCUUAUGACACUAUCUGGUGGUGUAAGUAAUGGCGUCCCGGUGACUGGCCAGUUUGCACAGCAUCAACCAGUUCAGUUACAACAGAGGCCUAACCAUUUACCGCAGUUGUAUACAGCAACAACACAAUCUAACUCUACUGCCUCCUCUCAGUAUUUAAGCCAAACUUUGGCUAGUCAACAGUUUAACAUGACACAGGCCCCAUCACCAGGGACUUAUUCUGCCAAUAGCCCACAUAUGUUGCCAGUACCCCCUGGUUAUAAUAACAGUAUAUCACCGCAUCAUCAGUACAGUGAACAGACAUUGCCCCAGGGACAGACAUUGCCCCAAGGGCAGCAGAUGCAAUUACCCCAUGUACCAUCUCCACAUGCUCAUCUCCAACACAUUGUUCAGCAAUCACCGCAUCAUGCAGCACACUCACCACAUCAUAUGGGGCAAUCGCCACAUAAUAUGCCACCAUCGCCACAUCAUAUGGCUCAGUCGCCCCAUAAUAUGGCACAAUCGCCGCAUCAAAUAGUGCAGUCACCACAUCGCAUGCCACAAUCACCACAUCAAUCUCCGCAGCUACAGCCAACGAUGUCCUCCCCUAUGCCAGGUUUAAGACCAGCGUGGCCAAACACAGGGGACAUGUCCCAGGCACAAGCGGUUCCCCAGGUAGUCUACCAUAAUGGUUUCCCACCUGGAUCACACAACCAGUCACAAACUGUCACGGGUAUAUCAGCAAAGUUCCCAUAUCUUGCACAGCAAUUUGGCCAUAUAGCCUCGAGUAAGCAAGGAGAUUUGCCAUACAGUGGGAGUUCAACACAGCCCACUACCCCUACAAUACAGUAUCAGGCUCUUCCUCAGUUCACCCUGGCUGGGGGAUUACAUGUGCAACCACAGCAGUCACAACCCAGGACUUAGCAGUGUCAAUAAUACCAUCAAAUAUCAACAAAGCAGUGCAAGUUAAGAUAAAAUAAGUCAAGACUUCAAAUUGAGUUAUUUUAGUGGUUUUUCUUGGUGUUUUCACCAAAUUCUGAAUAUUGGUGGCAAUUCGAUUUGGCAGAUUUUUGAGGAAAAUUCAAAAUACCAUGAGGUAACAUUUUAAACUUGG